AAGAAGAAGCGGAGGCGGAGGAGACCCCCGCAGCUAACCGAAGCCGGUGCUACGGGAACGGCAGGGACGGUGUUACAGGGCAGUGUGUUGUCAGGCGUUAAUUUAACAACCAGCCAUACUUGUAACUCAUGUGAAGCUCUGAACGGCGGCGCAGAAACGGCUCAUAGCCAAAUUUCCCAUCAUGCCACGUGCAGGAGCAAACAGGAGCCAUGUUUGGUUGCUGUCAUUAUUGGUUAGAAGUCACUUAGGAAACUACAGAGACAUUAUCAUCUGUGUUUAUGCUGCUUUUAAUUGAUAUUGUUUGCUAUUUGCUUAUCUUUCAGAGACUUGAUAGCAUGGUAUUCAAAGGGAUAUAUGCAAAUCAGAGUUAGCUAGCGCAGCGGAAACGUUGGGAUAGAUGGGAAGCAGCCUAAGCUGCUUAAGCCUGACGCAUUUACUUUUAAAGAUGCAUAUCCCAGAGACCGACGUUAAAGAGAAUAACUGAAAUAAUCUACUUCUGACUGCCGUAGGUCACUGUGAAUUAGGCACUGCCGGCUGUGCCAGGCUGCUGUCAGAGGCAGCGUAACAAACCGUGGAGGUACUUUUAAAGCGGGGCGGAUGGAGCUGCUGGGAAGGCCGUGAUUACGUGCAGCAUCAGCCAUGUCUGUCCUCGCCUGUGUGCGACGCGUCAUCAGGCUGCAGAGGGGCCAUGCUGUCACCCGUGCUGUUCCACAGAGAGCCCUGUCAGGGGCAGAGGCUGUCAAUGCACUCAGGCCCUUUUAUUUUGCAGUCCAUCCAGACUUCUUUGGUCAAUAUCCUAAAGAACGUGAAGUGAAUGAGAACUCACUAAAAAGGCUGAAUGGCUAUCUGGAAAACUUGCAGAAGCCCGGCUCCUGUUCACUUCAGCCAAUGAGGCUCACCUUUUAUGUAAGGGACACCCGUUACAGCAGCGACGUGCAGCCACACCUCCUGGGUUCAGGGUUCCGCUCAGUGAGUUUCACCCUGCGCACAAAUGAUGUUUUGAGCACAGUGAUGAAUGUGUUAACGAGCUGCAGCCUACCUGUGGAGCACAUGAAAGGACUGGAAGUGAGGAAAGCAACGGCUAAAAGUGCGCCUGAGGCAGGGCUGCCUUUCUACAGACCUAUCAAAUGGGAUAAAAGCUACUACACCUUCACUGGCUUCAGAGACCCUGAGCAGGAGCUGCAGCAGGCCCAGAGCAUGGAGCCCACACUCAGCUCAUGGCUGAGACACAACGAGCCUGAGGCCACAAAGAAACAGAGUGCGAGUCUUCCUCGGAGACGAGAGCUGAACAGGCUAAAAACGGAGCUGUGCUGCAAAUUUAAUCUGGCUGACAUCAGAUGGCAGCGCAGCUGGGGAGUUGCCCACAGAUGCUGUCAGCUUCAGAGUCUGAGCCGCCUGUCUCAGCAGAACCCCGAGGCCCUGAUCAACCUGCGAGGACAUACUGUUGUGUUUGCUGACCAGUCAGGGAUGAAUGCCUCUGGACAUAUCAUGCUGGGAACGAUGGAUGUUCAUCAUCAGUGGACAAAAGUCUUCGAGCAGCUCCCCAGCUAUCAGCGCCUGCAGCAGCAGACACACUGGCUGAAGGAGAGGAUCAGCCUCCUCCUGGGUGGGACCCAAGUGGUGCACAUGGAGAGGCUGGGACCAGUUCAGCCCAUUGCUGAGCACUACAGUACCCUUAGCGCCUUUCACAAACGUCUGCUGUCCCAGAACCUUCGCCUGCACCCCAGGAGCCUGCAGGGCCUCACCAUGUUGCUGGAAAAUGACCGCUCUAACCCCAGCCUUCACGAUGGGCACUUCAUUAUUCCCACCAACAGUGACCUUCCCACGCUGCAGGUCUUCCUGCAGAGCCACGCCCCUGAGGCCAGACAGCGCGUCCAGCGCAGAAACCAACUGCAGGCCGAGGAGGAAGCUGUGGUGAAGCUGUGUGUUGACAGUCUGUCUCUAAGGAGCCUGUCCAAGGCGCCCAGUGUGAGCUCCAGCCAGAUGAUCCUGUGCUGUAAACGGCUGCUGGAGCAGCGCUCCCCCCUCCUGCAGGGCCUCCAAAUCUGUGUUUCUCACUUCUACUCCGUCAUGCAGGAUGGAGAUCUGUGUGUUCCUUGGAACUGGAAGAGCUGAGCUGCACAUUUGGAAGCUGCUGCUCAGUCAGUCUGGGUGUAAGAAGGACUUUCAGAGAUUUGAUGCUGUUGAAGCACCAACACGUUUAUCAGGACGUCACACUGAUUUUCUUUUUUGUUUUUUAUUGCGUUACUGCUCAAGGAUUAUCCUCUUGCUAAACAAAGCAAGAUAGGAAGGUCAUUUAAUGCACAGUAGAGGACAGUGUGUGUGUUUUCUGUCCAGGACUGCAAAAUAAUUAAAGAGAAAAAAGUUAAAGUUCUGA